GCUCAUUAUACGAUACUCACUUCACUUCCUUUCUGUUUUACCUCUUUAACACGUUGUUCCCUUAUUUUAUCAGCUUCUCUUACAUAUGAUUAUUAUGUUAUUUACCCAGAAUGCAACCUGAUACUUUAGAUAUGGUUCAACGAGAGAGACAGACACUGACACAGAGAGAGAGAGCGAGCGAGAGACACGGACAGAGAGAGAGAGCGAGCGAGAGACAGGGACAGAAAGAGAGCGCGAGCGAGAGACACAGACAGAGAGAGAGAGCGAGCGAGAGGCACGGACACAGAGAGAGAGCGAGCGAGAGACACGGACACAGAGAGAGAGAGACACGGACAGAGAGCGGGAGCGAAACGAGCGAGAGACACGGACAGAGAGAGAGAGCACGACGAGCGAGAGACAGGGACAGAAAGAGAGCGCGAGCGAGAGACACAGAGAGAGAGAGAGAGCGAGCGAGAGGCACGGACAGAGAGCGGGAGCGAGACGAGCGAGAGACACGGACAGAGAGCGAGAGCACGACGAGCGAGAGACACGGACAGAGAGAGAGCGAGCGAGAGACAGGGACAGAAAGAGAGCGCGAGCGAGAGACACAGACAGAGAGAGAGCGAGCGAGAGGCACGGACAGAGAGAGAGAGCGAGCGAGAGACACGGACAGAGAGCGGGAGCGAGACGAGCGAGAGACACGGACAGAGAGGGAGAGCAAGCGAGAGGCACGGACAGAGAGAGCGAGCGAGAGACACGGACAGACAGAGAGAGAGCGAGCGAGAGACAGGGACAGAGAGAGAGAGCGAGCGAGAGGCACGGACAGAGAGAGAGCGAGCGAGAGACAGGGACAGAAAGAGAGCGCGAGCGAGAGACACGGACAGAGAGAGCGAGCGAGCGAGAGACAGGGACAGAGAGAGAGCGCGAGCGAGAGGCACGGACAGAGAGAGAGCGAGCGAGAGACACGGACAGAGAGAGAGAGCACGACGAGCGAGAGACAGGGACAGAAAGAGAGCGCGAGCGAGAGGCACGGACAGAGAGCGGGAGCGAGACGAGCGAGAGACACGGACACAGAGAGAGAGCGAGCGAGAGACACGGACAGAGAGCGGGAGCGAAACGAGCGAGAGACACGGACAGAGAGAGAGAGCACGACGAGCGAGAGACAGGGACAGAAAGAGAGCGCGAGCGAGAGACACAGAGAGAGAGAGAGAGAGAGAGCGAGCGAGAGGCACGGACAGAGAGCGGGAGCGAGACGAGCGAGAGACACGGACAGAGAGCGAGAGCACGACGAGCGAGAGACACGGACAGAGAGAGAGCGAGCGAGAGACAGGGACAGAGAGCGGGAGAGAGACGAGCGAGAGACACGGACAGAGAGAGAGAGCGAGCGAGAGGCACGGACAGAGAGAGCGAGCGAGAGACACGGACAGACAGAGAGAGCGAGCGAGAGACAGGGACAGAGAGAGAGAGCGAGCGAGAGGCACGGACAGAGAGCGGGCGAGCGAGAGACAGGGACAGAGAGCGAGCGCGAGCGAGGGACACGGACAGAGAGAGAGAGCGAGCGAGAGGCACGGACAGAGAGAGCGCGAGCGAGAGACACGGACACAGAGAGAGAGCGAGCGAGAGACACGGACAGAGAGCGGGAGCGAAACGAGCGAGAGACACGGACAGAGAGCGGGAGCGAAACGAGCGAGAGACACGGACAGAGAGAGAGCACGACGAGCGAGAGACAGGGACAGAAAGAGAGCGCGAGCGAGAGACACAGAGAGAGAGAGAGAGCGAGCGAGAGGCACGGACAGAGAGCGGGAGCGAGACGAGCGAGAGACACGGACAGAGAGCGAGAGCACGACGAGCGAGAGACACGGACAGAGAGAGAGCGAGCGAGAGGCACGGACAGAGAGAGAGAGAGCGAGCGAGAGACACGGACAGAGAGCGGGAGCGAGACGAGCGAGAGACACGGACAGAGAGAGAGAGCGAGCGAGAGGCACGGACAGAGAGAGAGCGAGCGAGAGACACGGACAGAGAGCGGGAGAGAGACGAGCGAGAGACACGGACAGAGAGCGAGAGAGAGAGAGAGCGAGAGACACGGACAGAGAGAGCGAGCGAGCGAGAGGCACGGACAGAGAGCGGGAGCGAGACGAGCGAGAGACACGGACAGAGAGCGGGAGCGAGACGAGCGAGAGACACGGACAGAGAGCGAGAGAGAGAGAGCGAGAGACACGGACAGAGAGCGAGCGAGAGACAAGUUUGAUUAAUAAAGAUAACAUUUUAGUAAUGAACAUGUCUGUACAUGACAGAGCAGAACCUGAUCUACAGACUUCACCCCGAAGAAGAAUUGUGUGUUUGUGUGUGUGUGUGUUUUUGGAUAGAGCUGUGUUUUGCAGGACGUUCCCCCUGACCUCCAGGAGAGAGCCUGUGUUAGCGCACGGCUCUACGUGGUAAAGCUCUCGGUGUAAAUCCCUCAUUAACCUCGAUAACACAGGCGACUUCCUGCUGCUUAAAACUUCUAAUAGACUUCAUGUUUGUUCUGUAGCUGAAAAAUGAGCAUCAUGAUCUUACAGCACAGCGUUGACCAGUAACAAUUACACUAACGUUCUCUUCACACUGACUCCUCAUUCCAUCCUCAUGAUAUGACCUUUAGCUGUCUGUAGAUUUACCUCCAGUUAGUUUAGCAGCUCUGUGUGUUUAUACACAAUACAGUCAUAAAUAUGUGGACACCUGAGCAUCACAAAACGUACACACGUGUGUGGGAUAGUCAGGGGUGCACAUACUUUUGGGCAAUUAAACACCACAUUUUCUGGACUAUAACAGCAGAUUAUAAAGUGAACUAAAGCGUUACCUCAGACAUUGGAUUAGAAACAAAAGGCUGACUUUGAGAUUCCUUACUGAGGAACUAAAGAAGUAAAGCUCUAUAAUAUAGUAAUAUGAUGUUAUAGCUGAUCUCAGAUCAGACAAACCUGUCUUUUGAAAAUUAUAGAUAUCUGCUGAUCUGAGAUCAGAAAUAAAGCAUAAUAAGAUCACCAAGACAUUACAACUGUAGCAUUAAGUGAUUAAAGCUGAGCUCAGAUCAGAACUAACAAAGCUCUAUCAGAAUAAAAGCUACAGCUGCUGAUCUCGGAUCAGGGGGAGGUUUUGGUGUUAUGAGAACUGGUCUCAGAUCAGCAGUGUUUUUCUAAGUGUAUAUUAAAUUUUG